AUGCAACCUUCACGCUCUCAACCCCGCGGCCCUGGCAGCUUCGCUCCUUUAUCAAGCUCCUCCGCUCAGCCCUCACAGCUAUCGUCGUCCUCGCGACCUGCUCUGCGCCGAGUCGAAACCUCAGACGGCGAGGAUGAUACCCCUCGUCCAUCUAUCACGAUACCCAAGGCGCGACAACCUUCACAGCCUCAGCCCUCGUCUCCCGCGACACCGAUAUACUCCCAGUUUACGACGCAUGGAAACUCGAGUAGCGCGAGCCUAGGGCACCAUAACUUCUCAAGACCAGCGAACGCGCGCUCCGUUACCCAGGGAUCGCCGGCGACGCUUGUGAAGGGUCAUGCGCGCAAACAUUCAGCUACACAGGGCUCAUUCGAACCUACACUACCAUCUAUGAGCAUUUCGAACAUGUCUUCACAUCUCGGAAUGUCUCACCACAACGCUUCUACGACGUCUGCGUCCGUGGCGGCGGCAGCUGCUGCGGCUGCCUCUGCCGCCAACGUCAGCCUGUCGGCAAGUCAGAUCGCAGCGCAGGCCGCUGUUAUGUCACACCAAAACCAUUCGCGCCAACGCUCACAAACGGUCCCCUUUCCUGGCGACCAAAACGACGGUGUGCGUCGAGGAAGUGGAAGCAAAGGUCCUACAAGUCCGCCCAUGCUGAGCUUGACGGAGGCGAGUGCGCCACGAGAUACCGGAUUUGGACAUCAUGGGGGACAUAAUGAUCGACUUGGAGGAUAUCACUCUUCUGCUGCUACGGCUGCCGCGAACGUGGUAUUCCCACGAUCUGGCCAUAACUCUCCCAGGGUAUCGCCUCAGCCAUAUUCGCAACCUCCCCCACCUCCGCCUGCGUCUGAGAAGCCACCUAAACCAGAGAAAGAGAAAUCCAAGGUCAAGCUGUUCUCCCGUCCAGGAAAAAUUAGCACAAAAGGCGAGACAAAAGAGAAGCCGUUACCAAGUCCGGGGAAAAUUGGCUCGGCUUUAUCAGCGCUUCAGCGUGGGAACUUCAGUACGAACAGCCUUGUUGAUCCGAGCAAUCAGUCUAUCUACAACCUCAACAACUCCUCUUCAGCAACCAUCCGACCUAUCGAGACACCAACUGAGGACAAAGAAAGGGAUAAGGAAAAGGGAAAAGAGAAGGAGAAGAAGCACCACUUCCUUUCGCGACAGAAGCAUAAGCUCAAGGAUGAAUAUCAUCUACCACUCUCAUCGGCUGCCAGUAACUCAUUGCCAACCGAUCCCAAUGCACCAAAUCCUUUAUACAACUUCAAUAUUCCUCCGAGUCCCGCACCCACAUCUUCCACUUUUGCCAAGGCCAAAAAGGACAAGAAACUCGCCGAGCGAGCGGACAGUCGUCUGGAAAGCGAAUCAAGCUUCAAUCUACAGAGCGAAUGGCCGGGGCCUAGUAGUCUACCGUCGCUAUCUCAGCAGUCGACAAUGUAUGACCCUGUUGAUCCUGGGAAACUUGGGCUCCACAACCAUAUGUCGCUGGACGAUGCCUGGCCAUAUCUGAGAGCCAAGCUCUUAGGCAUCUUUGAGGGCGAGGAUCUUCGACUUCCAGUGGAAGACUUCAACCGGGUUGUGCAAAUGCAUAUACAGUACUGCAUGCAUAGACGAUCACCGAAUACCACGUUAGAGGACCUUCGAGAUCUUUUGCACACAGGGUUUUUAUCACUAGAUCGAACACUUCGUCAUACCCCUGAGGAUCGCUUUAUCCCAACUCUGGUAGAGCUCUGGAUGUUUACCUUCACUUCUAUUUUACCGUAUAUGCAAGCUGUUUUUCUUCCGCUGGAUCUCGAGGUGUCAGGUUGCGGUACACUUAUGACCGGAGAGCAGGCCCGCGACUUUUGGGGUGGUGCUAUGAUGUCGUCUUCUACUUCAGAAAGACCAGCACGUGUGGCUCCUGCGCCCUCAGUUCUUGAUGUAAGGAGGCUGGUCCUCAUUGCCUACAGAGAUACUGUCAUUCUGCCACGAUACGACACGCUCAAGACGAUAUUUUCACGACUCUCUCUUGAGUUUCUCCCAUCAUCACUAGCAAGUAUGGCAAUGUCUUCUCCCCCGGAGGCAUCUCUGUCCACUUCUCCCUCAGAAUCCUUUGGACGUCCUGGGACUGCUAUGUCCCUUGAUCCAUCUAAUGCCUCUUACAACUCAACAAGCACAACUCUACUUGGCGAAGGCUCUGCCGGUGGUCGCAGCCGCGCCAUUAGUAACGUUAGUUUCGGCAGUCAUGGGAGUGAUGGUGGAUUGCGACCGUUUACACCAUCUGGCAGUAGCGGAAUCCCACCUCCACCUUCUCUGGGUAGCCUACGGGAGCGCGAGCAAAACGUCGAGGAUUCCAAACACAUCACUGAAAUGGUUGGCCGAAUGCUGCAGUGCAUGAGUGUUCUGUCUGGGGUAUCGGCCGGUGACGUUGGAGCUGAAGGGAACGAGAGGGUUGUGGAGCUGUGUAAGAUGUUGAAGCUCAACUGGCUUGGCAGAGGAAGGACAGGCAGAAACAGGAGAGGAAUGGUAGGUGGCAGAGUGAGGAGAGACGAUAUGAGGGAAGAAGUUCGUGUUAUUUAA